UAGUCUCGGCAACCUACAACCAUGAGACAGAACUCAUUGAAAUAUGAUGCCAGAUUGAAUAAUCUACAUAAUGGUGCAACAAAUUCCUGCUAAUGGUGCAGCAAAUUCACAUUAAUGGUGCAAGAAAUCCAUGCUUAUGGUGCAUUUACACAUUGGGUGUCCUCCACUUCAAAAAGACAAAGCUAAGAGAAGUCUGAGUCCAAUCAUGCCUCGUGCAGGAAUGAGACCCCUUGGGUCUGUUAGAAAAUACGACUUCAAUGACACCGUGCCAAAACUACCAAAUGUUAAGGCCACUGUUAAUCAAAAUGGUGAACCAAACUUGACUGGUGGCAUACAUGGGAAUGCUAUGACUGUUCCACCUAAAUCACCAGAAAAAGAACCAGAAAAAAUAAUUGUUAAUAAUAAUCGAAAAGCUCCAUCACCAAGACGACCGAUUACAUCAAAGUCCGAUGAAAGUAACAAAUCUGAUGACAGCAUUGAUAAAAAGAAAAUUAAAGUGGUCCAAGAGAAAUCUGAUAAGGAGCUUAAGGAUGCGCUGGCAAAGGAAAAAAGUUUAAAGCAGAAAGUAUCAUCCCUUCAGAAAAUCAUAGAUGAGUUAAAGAAUGAUGUAGCAACAAAAGACCAAAUCAUAGAGCACAAUACCAACACACAUGCUAAUGAGAUAACAAACUACAAAGAUCUACUUGAGAAAGAAAAGACUAGUCACGCAGAAACAAAGAAAAAACUCUCCACCAGUAAACUAACAGUGACUGAGAGGGACGCUACUAUAGCAAAGCUACGGGAAGAGAAUGCCAAACAAUUAGAGGAACUAAGAACUAAGCUAUCUGAAGAUGUGCAAGCUGUCAAAGAUGAGAUGGACAAAGAGAUCGCAGUCAGAGAGACAAAACUCGCUAAAAUGAAACGUCAGAUCGCAGAUGCCCUCAUGGGAAAUUCUCAGGAGCGCCAACAGCAAUUAGAAGAGCUUACAAAAGAGUUGAGCCGUCUGCAAGAAGAAGCUGAUAUGUUGAGAGCAAAACUUAAGCAGAAGUCUAAAUCAAAUGGCCCAUGUCCAAAUUGUGACGAGCUUACAAAAGAAAGAGACAGCAUUAACAAAGUUGCCAAAAGCAAAGAUGAAACAAUAAAAGAAUUGAACAGUUUAUGUGCAAAGUUUGAGAAACAAUUAAUUCAACAAGAUGAACUGCUGAAAACCUGGGUUGAAAAAGAAGAGAAGAAAAUGAAGAAAUGAAAAGAAAACGCAUCCUUGUGGUUAUGUUUUAAAAUGAAACAUAGUGAUGAAGGAACUGAAAUUAACAAGGAAUAAAGUAAACAGGCAUUAAAUGAACACUCUAAAUUAUUUAAAAAUGCAAGAAAAUCAGAUAGUUCAUUCAAAUUUUAGAGAGAAAUUGAGUGAAAUCAGCGAGGAAUAAAGGAA